GCGAUCGAUCUCGCUCCGUUUGUUUGGGUGUGGUGGAUGUUUUUGCGCUCCGUUUGUUUGGGUGUGGUGAAUGUUUUUGCGAGGGCAAGGACGGGUGCUACUCCACUUUCGGGAACCAAUCAGUGGCAGGAUCAGACGUCCCCGCUAUAGCAGCUCUGUAGUCAGACACAACUCUUAUUCAAAAACAGCCGCAACGAGAAUUUGGAGGGUUUUUUUUUGCAGAAGAACAACUUUUGAAGAGAUUUUAACCUGGAUUUCAAAGCGUCUCCUGGAGUCAUGGAACCAAUUGUACUGACCUGUAUGGGGAGUGACCACAAAGAUUAUAUCAAACAACUAGUCCAAGUGAAGAAUCCCUACUUGGACACCAUGGAGGAGGAUAUUCUCUACCACCUCAGCUUGAGCACCAAGACUCACAAUCUUCCAGAAAUGUUUGGAGAUAUUAAGUUUGUGUGUGUUGGAGGCAGCUCGAAUCGAAUGAAGGCUUUCGCCCAGUUCAUCCACCAGGAACUGAAACUGCCUGGAAACCCAGAGGAAGUCACAGAUAUCUGCGAGGCGACUGAUCGUUACUGCAUGUAUAAAGUGGGACCAGUGCUCUCUAUUAGUCAUGGAAUGGGUGUCCCUUCCAUCUCUAUAUUGCUGCAUGAGCUCAUCAAACUGCUGCACCACGCUCAGUGCCGUGGCGUGGUCCUGUUUCGCCUUGGAACAUCUGGUGGUGUUGGUCUGGCUGCUGGGACAGUGGUGGUCACGGAUAAAGCAGUGGACUUCUCCUUCCUCCCCCAGUUUCAGCAGGUGGUUCUGGGUAAAGUUAUCACCAGGCGCACUGAGCUGGACGAGGGAGUGGCCAAUGAGCUUCUGCAGUGCUCCUCUGAGCUUCAACACUUCCCCACAGUGAUUGCAACCACCAUGUGCACCGAUGACUUUUAUGAAAGUCAAGGCCGACUUGACGGAGCUCUUUGCUCGUUCUCUCAUGAAGACAAACUGGAGUAUCUGAGGAAAGCUUACGAGGCCGGAGUGAGGAAUAUUGAAAUGGAGUCCUCCGUAUUUGCGGCCAUGUGUCAUGUCUGUGGACUCAAAGGGGCUGUGGUCUGUGUUGCAUUGCUGAACCGCUUUGAGGGAGACCAGAUCACCGCCUCGCAUGAUGUUCUGGAGGAGUAUCAGCAGAGACCUCAAGUCCUGGUGUCCCACUUUAUCAAGAAACGCCUGGGGCAUGUCGUAUAAAAUCCCUACAUCUGCCAUCCCAACCCCAGCAUCCCAAAUAGAGUGUACAUAUAUAGCUGAUAUGUUUACAUGUAUAUAUACCGUAUUUUAACAUGUUAAUGUGUAUUAGACGCUUAUUUUAAAAAGUUAUGAGUUUUAUGAUUCUAUGAUGAAGCUCAAAUAUUAAGUAUGUUGCAUAAGUAUAUGAAAGUAUAUAUCGUAUUGUUAAUAUUUAACACUUUAUGUAAGGUAACAAUCAUUCUAAAGAAUGUGUUCUGUAUGUUGAUUUUAGUAUUUGACUUGCACUUGUAACUCAACAAAAACUGUUGGGUGUGUUGGGAAAUGAUUGACCUCCAUUGGAGGUUUGCAGUCUGUUAGAAGCCUCUACUUAAAAAGGUAUUUCCUCUUAUUUGCUUGUUAGAUGGUGUCAAAAAAGGUGUUGAGAUCCCAGGAAAGCUGCCUUUAAUGAAGGAAUACAGUUCGAUAUGAAAGUAGGCUAAAGGGACAC